AUGUCAUCUCAUCUCUUCCAACUUUCCACGCUGUCUCUCUUUCCCGAAGAAGCCGGAGAUGUCAUGAAGAAGAAACGUUUGAUCGGAAAAGAAGAAGAAGAGAGUAAUGAUCAAAGGCCAAAGAAAAAUGCGAAAACACUCAGUCUUAUCUGUUGGGAGGAGCAAACAUCUAUUAUCAAAUCAUCAAUUCAGUUACUUCCCCUCGAAGAAGAAGAGAAUGUAGAUGGGGGUAAUCAAUAUCCAUGGACAAUUACCAAGAAGCUUUACAAGAGCGAUGUGGACAGCUCGUCUCGCCUGCUUCUUAACAAGAAAGAGAUCGAAAGUCACGUUAUCCCCUACUUGAAAGAAGAAGAGGUAAAGUCAUUAAUGUUCGGGUCUGCUCAGGGGAUAAGGAUCGGAAUACUUGAUGUGCAAAAACAGCAAGGCUUUACCCUCACUUUGAAGAAGUGGAAGACGGGAAGCUUCGUUUUCAACAGCAACUGGCGGAAGGACUUUGUCAAGCGCAGGGGAUUGCUUCAUCGUGAUGAGAUUGGGCUCUAUUUUGACCAACACAAUCGCAGACUCUGCUUUGGUGUCCUCCACAAAGCACCUCCACACGCUCUUCCUGCAUGGCCGAUCAAGAAAAAGAAGAAGAAUUGCCGCCGCCAAAAGAGAGAAGAAUCAUAA